AUGUAUCGUUUAUUCUCGUGUUGCAAGACAAAUGAACUGAAACGUUUAUUUUCCCAUGCCUUAGAUGCUUCUAUAAAAAAUGAGGGAGUGGCUCAGCAGAGGAAACGCCAAGUAUUGCCCCGUCGUCAUCGCAAGCUUCACAAGCUAACGAUUCGUGAAGAAAAUGAGGAGGGACUCCGUGACUUUUUGCCUCCGAAGCCUGUGGUUCCCGCGGGAUGGAAGUUGGAACAUGUAAAAGGCAGCAACAGGUUUGAUCUCCGAAAAUCAGUAGAGAUUCGUGAUUGUGGCAAAGAACAUUUACAUGCUGUAGCAAUGAUGGAGGUGAAGGAAUACGAGGGAACGUAUCGUAUGGACAAUGGAGAACGCGAAGAGGAGGAAUAUUUAUUUUUCACAUUAUUUGUUCAGAAAAAUCGCUUUCCGGGUGCUUUGGAGUUUGGAUUGACUUCCAUUGACAUGGAGUUGGUGAUGGAUUCAUUGGCAAUUCACAAUAACAGGGAAGAAUUAGAGGAUGCUUAUGGUGCGCUUUCAGUGAGCACGAGCAGGAAUGGUACUUCCAACAGGAUUAUCGAAAAGAGUAAUCUUUCUUGUCGAAGCUGCAGAGAUAAUCGAUAUCGUGGACCAAUGCUGAGUGAGUUGGAUGAUGACUUUUCCGACGAGAUAUUGGACUAUCUUGAUGAGCGUGGUGUGAACAAUGGGUUUGCUGAGUAUAUGAUGGCUCAGGCACACUUUUUUGAGCAAGAGGAGUACAUUAAUUGGAUACGCCUUUUGAGACAAUUUGCCCAAUAA